UUGCCUUGGAUUAUUCUUGCUGCUCAAGUUACAGAUCUUCCAUGGCUUUCGUGUUUAUUCUUCUUGGAACCCUAGUCUCAAUAUUGGGCGUAGCAGAAGCACAAACUGGGGUAUGCUAUGGUAUGAUGGGCAACAACUUACCAUCUGCACCCGAAGUCAUAACCCUGUAUCAACAACGCAACAUCCGACGGAUGAGACUUUACGAUCCAAAUCAAGCGGCUCUCCAAGCUCUAAGAGGUUCAAACAUUGAAGUCAUUUUAGGAGUUCCAAACUCAGAUCUUCAAAACCUUGCUUCGAACCAAGCUAAUGCAAAUUCAUGGGUUCAAAAGAACAUUAGAAACUUCUGGCCAAGUGUUAAAUUCCGUUACAUCGCGGUUGGAAAUGAGGUCAGCCCGUUCGGAGGUGGUCCGGCCCAAUUCGUUCUCCCAGCCAUGAGGAAUAUCUACAAUGCCAUAGCUUCAGCCGGUUUGCAAAACCAGAUUAAGGUCUCAACCGCGAUCGACAUGACACUCAUAGGCAACUCAUUCCCUCCCUCGGCAGGAGCUUUUCGAAACGAUAUAAGGUGGUACUUGGACCCCAUCGUCGGUUUCUUAUCGCAAACAAACUCGCCAUUACUCGCAAACAUCUACACUUACUUUAGUUACAAAGGGAACCCGCGCGAUAUUCAACUAUCAUACGCCAUAUUCACUUCACCGAACGUGGUGGUCCAGGAUGGUCAGUUUGGAUAUAGAAACCUCUUUGACGCCAUGUUGGAUGCAGUUUAUGCGGCCCUCGGGAGAAUUGGAGGAGGCUCGGGGCUUAACAUCGUGGUUUCUGAGAGCGGUUGGCCUUCGGCGGGGGAUUUUGGAGCGUCCACGGACAAUGCUAGAACAUAUUUAACUAAUUUGGUUCAACAUGUCAAGGGUGGGACACCAAGGAGGCCAAAUAGUGCCAUAGAGACUUAUUUGUUUGCUAUGUUUGAUGAGAAUAAUAAACAACCUGAGUUGGAAAAACAUUUCGGGUUGUUUUCUCCAAAUAAGCAGCCGAAAUAUCCGUUAAACUUUGGGUCGGAAAGUAUUUGGGAUCUUCCUAUUGAAGCGGAAACCAAUUCGACGUCAACCGGUCUCAGGAGUGAAAUUUGAAGUAUUCUCUUGUUCGUUUAAUCAAUAAGUGUAAUGUUUAAAAGUUGAAGAACUCUCUUUAAGUAUAAAAUAAAAACAUGCAAUAAAGUAU